UGUCACAACGCAAAGCAAGGACAAGAAGCUGAAACCUCAUGAAAUCAAACAGCUGCAACCCCAGAAACUGCUUGUAAAUCUUCGGAUGGGUUGGUACAAUAUUUGAUGGCUCUGACAGUAACUACUCUCCCCUGUUAACUAGAAACAGCAAAGAACUACACACAAUUUUGACCAUGUGUCAAAAAUAAAGAAGUAUGAAAAUGUAAAAAGAAGAACUGUGUGAUUUUCACUCACAUGCCCUCUGCUACCACAGGAAGUUCAAGUGGGGCACAUUCUGUUUUCUGGGUCCUGCUUUGUUGCUUUGUUUUACAGAAAUGUCAGUCUAGCCUGUUUACUGGUUACAGUAUUAAUUAUGUCAAGAAGGUAACUUUUAAUAGAUUUGGUGCAUUAAUAUGUAUUCUUUUAAAGUAGCCACUAGUGACCUUGGCUCCUCUGUAAUAUUGAAAGAAAGAGAAAAAUUAUAGUAAUACUAAGACAUUUUCAAAGGUCAUCACCACAUUUAGUUAUUACAAAAUGUACACAGUGUGUCUGUAAUUCAAUUGGUAUGCAUACCUGCCAUAAAUGUGGGGUGGGUAUGUUUGACUUCUCAUUUAAAAUACAGGAUUUAUUGUCAGUAAAAUCAUAUGGUCAUAUCCUUACACAACAUGGCUGCUGCACUGAAUUCCCAUUCUUUCAUCUGUGAUCUUUCUAGUUUAUUUCAGGUAACUCUUGACACACAAUUGCUGCAGGACUAGGUAACGUUAAACAAUGUGAAAAAACACAAAUGCCGGCAGUUGCUUUCUGUUUCUGCUUCCUUCGUGAGAAAGUCACUUGCACAGUACCGGGUGAUCUGGGGGAUAGUCCUCUAGUUUGUAGGGAAAGUUCUCUGCACUGUUAGAAUUGACAGUGUCUCUAGAGAAAGGCUUAAUUGUUUCAGAACUGUUUAAGAAUGCUAAUCACAAAAAGUGGUACCCUGGGUUCAAUUACUGGUGCCAUCUGUGUAGGGUUUGUAUGUUCUUCCCCUGUUCAUUUGGGUUUCCUCCAGGUGCUCUGGCUUCCUCCCUUAGUGCAACGAUGUGCUGGCAGGUGAACUGGCUUCUGGGAAAACUGGCCCUGGUGAGAACCUCAGACCUUUGAGGUGAAGUUCAAAAGAGUGGAGGCCUAUCCUAUUGACUUGUACUACCUUAUGGACCUCUCCUUCUCCAUGGAAGAUGACUUAAUAAAUAUAAAAAGGCUUGGGACAGACCUCAUGAAAGAAAUGGAAGGUAUCACAGAUGACUUCAGGAUAGGCUUCGGUUCGUUUGUGGACAAGACGGUGAUGCCUUACAUCAGCACCACCAAGGACAUGCUGGAGAAUCCCUGCAAGAGGAAACAGCCCUGCGCAAGGCCCUUCAGCUUUCAAAACGUGCUGAGGCUGACGAACGACGCGCAGUGGUUCCAUGACCUGGUUGGAGAGCAGCGCAUCUCAGGAAAUCUGGAUUCCCCAGAGGGAGGUUUCGAUGCCCUGAUGCAGGUGGCAGUGUGUGAGGAGCAAAUUGGCUGGAGGAAUGUCACCCGUCUGCUGGUGUUCUCCACUGACGCUGGUUUCCACUUCGCCGGAGAUGGAAAACUGGGAGGAAUUGUUUUGCCAAAUGAUGGAAAGUGCCACCUGGAGAAUAACACAUACACGAUGAGUCACUACUAUGAUUAUCCCUCUAUCGCUCAUCUUGCUGAGAAGCUGAGUGAGAAAAACAUUCAGACAAUCUUUGCUGUCACUCGUGAUGUUCUGCAUUUAUAUGAGGGCUUAAAGAUCCACUUUCCAAAAAGUGCCGUUGGAAUCCUGUCAAACGACUCCCAUAAUAUAUUACAGUUAAUUGUGGAUGCCUAUAAUGCCCUGACAUCUGAAGUCAUAAUGGAGAACAGCAGAUUACCUGAAGGGUUCCAGAUAAGCUACACUGCUGUGUGCAAAGACAACACCACCCAGUCUGGAACAGAGGGAAGGAGAUGUCUGAAUAUUUCAAUGGGAGAUGAGGUGAAAUUCCACAUAAGCAUUGUUGCACACAAGUGCCCGAAGGACCCAGAGGAAAUUCGAGUUACUCUAAAAGCCCUGGGUUUCAGUGAAGAAGUUGAGAUCCUUUUGAAGGUGAUCUGUCAGUGCGGAUGCUACAAAAACAGAACCCCAGACAGCCCCAAAUGCAACAAUGGCAGUGGUACUUUAGAAUGUGGUGUUUGCAGGUGCAAGGAAGGUUAUGUGGGUACCUCCUGUGAAUGUGACGCCGAAGAAGCUGACACCCUGGGCUUGAUGGACUUAUGCAGGAAGGACAACAGCUCAAGCACUUGCAGCAACAACGGGCGUUGUGUGUGCGGCGAGUGUGUCUGCAAAAAGAAAACCCCCAACCAUUUCUACUACGGAAAAUACUGCCAGUGUGAUAACUUCAGAUGCGACCAGUACCAGGGCUUGAUCUGUGGAGGUAGGGGCCACUGUGAGUGUGGGAUGUGCAACUGCUUCCCCGGAUUUACGGGAAGCGCCUGUGAUUGCCCUCUGAGCACGUCCGGCUGUGAGGCCAAGACUGGGGCCCUGUGCAAUGGCAAAGGGAGCUGCGUCUGUGGCGUGUGCGUCUGCAGCGACAGCAGGUACCAGGGGCCCACCUGUGAGAUCUGCCCCACCUGCCCCGACAGGUGCAGCGUUCACAGGGACUGUGUGUGGUGCAGAGUCUUCAGCAAGGGCUUGCUGGAGGAGGAGUGCCAGAGGCAGUGCAGCCACCUCAACAUUACACUGGUGCAGGAGAGCAGCCAGUUUCCCCCGGCGCACCACAACACUGGCUUCUACAUGUGCAAGGAAAAAGACGAAGAUGACUGCUGGGUCCACUUCGUGUAUCAGGAUGACAACAGAGCCAAUACCUCCUACCUUCAUGUUGUAGAAAAACUAGCAUGUCCAGCAGGUCCCGAUGUCCUCUUAAUCACUGGAGUGGCCACUGGGUCUAUUGUUCUCAUUGGAGUGGCCCUGCUGAUCAUCUGGAAACUGAUCACAACAAUCCAUGACAAGAGGGAGUUCGCUAGGUUCCAGAAAGAGCUUGUAAAAGCUAAGUGGGACACGGGUGAGAAUCCAAUCUACAAGAGUGCUGUCACGACUGUCCUCAACCCGAAGUUUAAGGACCAAUGAUGGUAUUGUCUAAAUAUUGUCAAAUUAUAGACUCUUGGACAGAAAAACACAAUCAGAUUUUUUCAUUUUUACGAUGAUACUGGAGUUUUGUGAACACUGUAAGCAUAUACGUGAAACAGCGAUCAGAAAAAAGUUUUGGUCUUGCACAAAACCUGUCAGAAUUCUAGUACUGUCUAUUGAUUGAGGACGCACAUGACGCAGACUCCUGUUUGUCUUAAUGUUCAGCUUCACACUUGUUUUGUGUUUGUCACUGACUCGCCAUGCCAGGAGUAGUGAUGUUUGGAAGCAGCUCCAGAAAGAGAGAAACACAGAUCCAAAAAUGGAGCUCAUGAACGCCUAGAACAUUUCCCAGCUUUGAGGUGGAUAUUGGUGAAAUCAUCUCCUCUCCACAGAGGAAAGAUGCAACUUGAUUUGAAGAUUGCUAAACAUCCCUCUUUCUCAGAACUAUUUAAACAUAAGCAUGAUGGUCUGAUUGUGCAUUUCACUGUGCUUGUGGGAAUUUCACGAGAAGUCUUGUAAACUCCAAAAAAUGUCCUUGUUUUUUUUUUACACAUUAACAAACUGAAAAGAUUAUCUGAUUCCUGAUUUCUGAAUGUUAUCAUGGUGGCUUUCUCAUUUUUUAACUGACAGAAACAGAUUCAAUGGUGAUGAUUCUGGA